AUGUCGCUCUUGGGGACACUCAACCCGAAUCCUGCUCGCUCCCAGUCCGUGGUCAGUCACAACACCACGCAAGGCCCGAGCGAGCAUGAACUCGACAUGAUCCACGAUCCAGAAAAGAAUGACGACGAAGACACCGAGCAGGAGGAUGAAAAACAUAGAGAGGCGCUGGUUAGUCGGCUAGCACGACAACUCACCCGGCAAUCUACUCGAGUCUCCGUGAGCGGUGCAUUGGACAAUCCUUUCACUAAUGGAGACUCUGAAUCUUCGCUCAAUCCCAAUAGCCCCAACUUCAAAGUGCGGGACUGGAUGAAGAUGUUGCUAGCGAUCCGGUCUCGAAAUCCCGAAAAGUACCCAGAUCGGACCGCUGGUAUUGCGUUCAAGAAUUUGAACGUCCAUGGAUUUGGUUCUCCUACUGAUUAUCAGAAAGACGUCCUGAACUCAGUACUGGAGCUUAGCACUAUGGUUCGCCGACUGGCUGGUCUGAAACUCCAGAAAAUUCAGAUUCUUCGUGACUUUGAUGGUCUCGUCAAAAGCGGAGAAACAUUGGUGGUCUUGGGAAAACCAGGUAGUGGUUGCUCAACUUUGCUCAAAACCAUUGCCGGUGAAAUGAAUGGUAUUGAGAUGUCAGAGGAUUCGGUUCUCAACUAUCAGGGUAUCUCUGCAAAGGACAUGCAAAAUGCCUUCAAAGGCGAGGCAAUCUACGCAGCAGAGACUGAUGUCCACUUCCCCCAACUCUCCGUCGGCGAUACCCUCAUGUUCGCAGCAUUGGCUAGAGCCCCCGAAAUCGCCUUGAGGGGUGGUGGUGAGAGGAAACGCGUUAGUAUUGCGGAGGCCACUCUCAGUCAGAGUCCCCUGCAGUGCUGGGACAACAGCACGAGAGGCCUGGAUAGCGCCAAUGCACUUGAAUUCUGCAAAAACCUGGCUCUCAUGAGCAAAUAUUCUGGAACAACAGCUUGUGUCGCCAUCUACCAAGCGUCACAGAGUGCUUACGAUGUCUUUGACAAAGUGACCGUGCUUUAUGAAGGAAGGCAGAUUUUCUUCGGGCUCACGACCGAGGCUAGGAAAUACUUUGAAGAACUAGGCUAUGAGUGCCCAGAGCGUCAAACCACGGCAGACUUCUUAACAUCGAUCACUAGCCCUUCGGAACGUGUGGUUCGGAAAGGGUUUGAAGGCCGUGUUCCUAUCACCCCCGAUGACUUUGCGGCAUCAUGGAAGAGAAGCGCUGCCCGUGCUAAGCUUGUUGGUGAAAUCGAGGAGUAUGAGAGAAAUUACCCCAUCAAAGGUAGCUCCUACGAUGCAUUUAUAGAUGCACGCAGGGCCAUUCAGGACAAGCACCAGAGGGUCAAAUCGCCAUACACAAUCUCGAUAUGGAAACAGAUUUCCCUCUGUGUGACUCGAGGCUUCCAACGCCUUCGUGGAGACUAUAGCUUAACAGCUUCGGCUCUAAUUGGAAACUUUAUCAUGUCUUUGAUCAUUGGUUCUGUCUUUGUGAACCUUCCUAAGGAUACCUCCAGCUUCUACUCUCGGGGAGCUCUUUUGUUCUUUGCUGUCCUCUUGAAUGCUUUCUCCAGUGCACUGGAAAUCCUUACCCUCUACGCCCAGCGACCAAUUGUUGAAAAGCAAGCCCGAUACGCCUUCUACCACCCUUUUGCAGAGGCGCUUGCAUCCAUGCUUUGUGAUACACCCUACAAAGUAGUCAACUCACUCACCUUCAACAUACCAUUGUACUUUAUGACCGACCUACGUCGUGAGGCUGGUCCUUUCUUUACCUUUUGGAUAUUCUCGCUCCUAACAACCUUCACAAUGUCAAUGAUUUUCAGAACCAUUGCGGCAACUUCCCGCUCACUUUCACAGGCCUUGGUCCCGGCAGCCAUUUUGAUCUUGGGUAUGGUGAUCUAUACUGGAUUCGUCAUCCCUACUCGGAAUAUGCUUGGGUGGUCUCGCUGGAUGAACUAUAUCAACCCUGUUGCCUACGCAUUUGAAAGCUUUAUGGUCAAUGAAUUCCAAGGUCGUCAUUUCCCGUGUGCUGCUAUUAUUCCUGCUGGCGGAGCAUACAGUAGUAUCUCGAUGGAUCAUCGCAUUUGCUCAACUGUCGGUGCUCAGUCAGGUUCCUCCAAUGUGUCUGGAUCGUUGUACCUCGAACAGAGCUUCAAGUAUACUAAGGGACAUUUGUGGAGGAACUUUGGAAUUCUCAUUGCUUUCAUGUUAUUCUUCAUGUUUACCUAUCUUAUUGGCACUGAGUACAUCUCCGAGAAGAAGUCUAAAGGCGAGGUGCUUCUGUUCCGCCGUGGUCAUCAGCCAAAACUUGCUUCCGGAGAGGGUGACGUCGAGACAUCUUCCCAACCCUCUGCAGUCGCCAAGACAGACGAGUCUCCUCACCAAACAACCGCAAUUCAACGACAAACUGCGAUAUUCCACUGGCAGGAUGUGUGCUAUGACAUCAAGAUCAAAGGCGAACCCAGAAGGAUCUUGGAUCAUGUUGAUGGCUGGGUGAAACCAGGCACCUGUACCGCAUUGAUGGGUGUCUCCGGAGCGGGAAAAACGACUUUGCUUGACGUGCUCGCAACACGAGUAACUAUGGGUGUCGUCACUGGUGAAAUGCUCGUUGACGGACACCCCAGGGAUCAGUCCUUCCAGCGGAAAACUGGGUAUGUCCAACAGCAAGACUUGCACUUGUCCACCUCCACAGUUCGGGAAGCUCUAGAGUUUAGCGCCCUCCUACGUCAACCUGCCACGGUCAGUCGACAAGAAAAGAUAGCCUAUGCCGACGAGGUCAUCAAGCUCCUUGGCAUGGAGGCGUACGCUGACGCCGUUGUUGGCGUUCCGGGUGAGGGGUUGAACGUUGAACAACGCAAGAGAUUAACGAUCGGUGUUGAACUUGCUGCGAAGCCCCAACUCCUACUCUUCCUUGAUGAACCUACCAGCGGCCUCGAUUCCCAGACUUCUUGGUCCAUUCUCAACCUCAUCGACACGCUCACUAAGCACGGACAAGCCAUUCUCUGUACUAUCCAUCAACCUUCAGCCAUGCUGUUCCAGCGAUUCGACCGUCUUCUCUUCUUGGCUAAGGGAGGCAGAACGAUCUACUUUGGUGAAAUUGGCGAAAAUUCAUCCACUUUAUCGAACUAUUUCGAACGCAAUGGCGCCCACCAUCUCACACCCGGAGAAAAUCCCGCUGAAUGGAUGUUGGACGUUAUUGGUGCAGCCCCGGGUACACACAGCGAGAUUGAGUGGCCAAAGGUGUGGCGUGAGAGUCCCGAAUAUGGGAAGGUCAAGGAGCACCUCUCCGAGCUGAAGGCCACUCUAUCUUCGACAGCAGACGUUGAUACUUCGCCUAACGCAUUCCGUGAAUUCGCCGCACCUUUCCAUGUCCAACUGUGGGAGUGUCUCCUACGUGUCUUUGCGCAGUACUUCCGCACCCCGAGUUAUAUCUGGUCGAAAGCUGCCCUUUGCAUCUUCACCGCACUCUAUAUUGGAUUCUCAUUUUUCCACGCCCAGAAUUCCAUCCAAGGCCUUCAGAACCAGAUGUUCAGUGUUUUCAUGUUGAUGACAAUCUUUGGAAAUCUGGUCCAGCAGAUCAUGCCAAAUUUUGUUACCCAACGCUCUCUUUACGAGGUGCGGGAGCGCCCAUCUAAGACAUAUAGUUGGCAGGCGUUUAUGAUCUCGAAUAUUCUGGUGGAAUUGCCCUGGAACACACUGAUGUCUGUGUUCAUCUACUUUUGCUGGUAUUAUCCCAUUGGAUUGUACAGAAAUGCAGAGCCCACCGAUGCAGUGAGCGAACGAGGCGCCCUCAUGUUCCUAUUGAUCUGGACAUUCUUGUUAUUCACCUCCACCUUCGCACACAUGGUCAUUGCGGGAAUUGAGCUGGCCGAGACUGGUGGCAACAUUGCGACAUUAUUGUUCUCUCUUUGCUUGAUCUUCUGUGGUGUUCUCUCAACCAAGGAGGCUUUGCCCGGCUUUUGGAUCUUCAUGUACCGCGUUUCGCCGUUCACUUACUUGGUCUCAGCAAUGCUUUCGACUGGUGUUUCGGGCGCUGAUGCAGUGUGUGAGGCAGUCGAGUUCUUGAAGUUCACACCCCCAGCCAACCAAACUUGCGGGGACUAUAUGGACCCUUACAUCAAGAUGGCUGGGAGUGGAUAUCUGCAAGAUCCCAUGGCUACUGCCGAGUGUGCGUUCUGCUCAGUUAGCAAAACAAAUACGUUCCUGUUGCAAAUCGGUAGCGAUUUCGCUGAUGCUUGGCGCAACUUUGGUUUGAUGUGGGUGUACAUCGCGGCCAAUAUCUUCGGCGCGGUGUUUAUCUACUGGCUUGCCCGUGUGCCAAAGGGGAAGAUGACAUCCGCCUAA